UUCAAAUCUUGUCCAAAGUUCAAACUUCCAAAGUUGCACAACAGCCAAUUGGAACACAGACAAAAAAGGAGUAUAAGAGCUCACAAGUCUUGUCUCUGACUUUGUUAUUAGUCAGAGACAAUACUUGUGGGUGAAGUGAAAGAAUGGCAGCAAUGGAAGACCUUCUGCUGCAGUUCACCAAUACAGAGACUCUACUGGGUACAUUUGUGAUUCUGGUUAUCCUCUAUCUAAUCCUCUCCAGCUUUGGCCCUCGGACAAAGGAGCCUCCAGGACCCAGGCCCCUGCCUCUGCUUGGCAAUUUGCUACAGCUGGAUCCUAAGACACCUUACAGAACACUGUAUGAGCUCUCCAAGAAGCAUGGACCAGUGUUCACAGUCCACUUUGGGAUCAAAAAAGCAGUUGUAAUGGCAGGAUACAAGACGAUCAAGCAGGCUCUGGUGAACCAUGACACAUUUGCAGACAAAGAAACGUUGCCAAUCAUCAGAGACCUGAAAUUGACACACGGAAUUAUUUUUGCCAAUGGAGACACUUGGAAAGAGAUGAGGCACUUUGCACUGACUAACCUGAAAAACUUUGGAGUGGGAAAGAGAGCAAAUGAGGAGAAAAUCAUAGAGGAAAGUCAAUGCCUGAUUAAUGUUUUUAAAGCAAAAGAAGGUAAAGCCUUUGACACCACUGAGCCAGUGAGCUAUGCUAUCUCCAAUAUCAUCUGUUCUUUUGUCUAUGGGAACAGAUUUGAAUACGAUGACAAAGAGUUCAGAUCUAUGGUGGACCGAGCUGGUGAGAACACUCAGCUCAUAGGCUCUCCUUCAGUACAGUUGUACAACAACUUUCCGAGCUUGUUCAGUUGGUUUGGAGCCCGAAAACAACUGAUAAACAAUGCUUUUGCAAACAGGAAACAGAUGACAGAGUUGACCAAGGGUUUACAAGAGACCCUUAAUCCUCACAUGUGCAGAGGUUUUGUGGAUUCCUUUCUGGCCCGCAAGAUGCAGCUUGAGGCAUCUGGAAGUAAGAAUUCUCACUAUCAUGAAGACAACCUGCAGGCAACUGUUGUCAACCUGUUUACUGCUGGCACUGACACUACAUCAUCUACUCUAAGAUAUGGCUUACUGCUCAUGGCCAGGUACCCAGAAGUACAAGAUCAGGUUCAGGGGGAGAUGUCCAGGGUGGUAGGAAACCGACAGGUCCGAGUAGAGGACAGAAAGAACCUGCCGUACACUGAUGCUGUCAUCCAUGAAAUACAGAGAAUGAUCUGUACUGUGCCUAUACUUACACGUUCUGCCUCCCGAGAUGUCACCUUCCAAGGCUACUUCAUCAAGAAGGGGACCCCAGUGGUUGUUCUACUGUCAUCUGCUCUUCAGGAUGAAGAUGAGUGGGAAAAGACCUACACUUUUAACCCUGGCCAUUUUCUAGAUGAGGAAGGGAAGUUCAGGAAGAGAGAUGCUUUUCUACCGUUCUCUGCGGGCUCGAGGGCUUGUAUAGGAGAAAGUCUGGCCAGGAUGGAGCUCUUCCUCUUCUUCACGUCUCUCCUCCAGCACUUUCGUUUCACUCCUCCACCUGGAGUUACAGAGGAUGAACUGGAUCUGACACCAACUAUGGGCCUUGCCCUCGCCCCUUCGCCUCAUGAGCUCUGUGCUAUCAGCAGGGUCUGACAAAACAUUUACAAACUUUUGUAGACGCCGCUAUCUGCUGCUGAGAAACCUAACAAAGAUUAAUCAUCAAAAAUGAAGUAGGUAAUAAGAUGAACUGCACCUUUAGUAAACUUUAGCUGUACACCCUCAACAUGCUGAUCUGUUUAAGUUUUAUGCACAACUUUAUGACACGUCCAUGAAACUCUAUGAUAAGGUGUCAUGAAAUGUCAAUCUGUUAACUUCACACAUACUACCUUAUGAACUGAAAUAGGAAUGUACUUAGGAUCAUCUUUAUUAUUAUUAUUUCUUCAAUCAUUUAGAACAGAGGUAUGAAAAGUAACAGUUUGUAAUGCCAGUUCUAGUGAUACAAAAUAAGUUGAUAAAAAUAGACAAAAAAAAAAAAAAAGAAAAAAAGGCAAAGUACCAUUAGGGUACAUCAUUUAUCAUUUCAUCUGUGUUCAUUGCCUACA